AUGAUGUCGACUACGGUGCCUAGUACUGGAGCUCCAGCAGAUGAACGACUUCUACCUAAAUGGAUUGAAAAUCAACCUGAAUCAACCCAGUCACAGCUUACGAGAAGUAGUCUCGAUGGUUUUUUGGAGAAAGCUGCUCAGCCGCGACAUUGUAAAACCUCACGGUCCUCUUCUGUCAGAGAAACUAUGUAUUCCGAAAAGAAUUGUCUAGACCUGUUUAAUUUCUACUUAGAAUGGAACGAAAAAAAUCAACACCGAUCGAUGCGUCAAGUUUUAGAUCUGUUGACUUCCCUACUUAAUUCUCAUCCAAAUUUGGUUGUUUCAAAGUCUCUGGUGACCAUUAUGGUGGAGAGAUUGCUGUCCGUCAUCGGUCAUCAAGCUUCUCAACCCCUGGUCAAACCAGCCUUCAAAAUCCUGGAGCACUUGAUAGGAAAGGGUACAAUCACCAUCGAUGAUCUAGCUGCCUCACGAAAAGAACCAAUCAAAUUAAGUAGUAAUAAAGGGAGUUUGCCGAGCUCUACACUUGAUGGCAUAGUUUCCGAGACCUUUCAAUGGAUGAACCUCCAGGAUGUUUCGCCUUCAGCCGGAAAGUUCUUGGUAGCACUCUUUAAAGUGUCAAAGGAGCUUGCUAGUGAAGUUAAAAGUGCUGAAGUCAAAACCCACACGAGACUGUGGCAACGUUGGAUCAGUGAGGGGCUUAACAAAAACCCUGAUGCCCUUGAAAAUAUCAAGAACUAUCUCCUUCCGCCUCUUUUCAAACUCGACCGUGUUGGCUCUUUAGCCUUUCUGCAAGAUCUGAACCAAAAGGGUCUAUUGGAUAUGCAGGAUCAAAGUAUGGAAUCUGAGUCACUGGUCCAUUUGUCCGCAAUAGAAGUUGGAAAGAAAGCCGGCCUGGUCGAAGACUCUAAUGUCACAUCUUUUCUGAAGCCCCAAAAGAAGAAUGCAGGCUGCAUCAUUCUGCAUGAAGAUACCAUUAGCCCAUUGUUGACCCAUCCUUCCGAUACAGUUCGAUCUUUGGCAUUUUCAGUACUGGUGUCGUCCGCCUCAUCAACUCGGCCAUUCAGCCCGGCGGCGCUAACGUUUAUACAAGAGAAUAUGGCUCAUCUGUACGCUGAUACCGAUGCUAAAUUUCGUAAUGAUGUUUUAAGCAAUACUAAGCAUAUGAUAGAACGUAUCAAGGGCGCAACAGCGUAUCUCCUUAGAGAGAUUGACCGCAUGAUCAUUCAAGAUCGCCAAUGUGAUUGUUCGGAUGCCCAACAGCUACUUGAGAAGCACGAAAGGUUCCUUCUAUGGUUCCUGGAAUUCCUACUUGGGGAGCUUGUACCUACAGCGUCUUAUCAACGACAUACCACAUCUUUAAGGGCAAUCUCCUUGCUGCUACGCUCGGGCUUACGGGAGCAUUCAUCUGAAGAUCGAAAAUCGACGACUACGCCUGAUGUCGCUGUUUGGGCUCAUAAUCUGAGCGUGUUCAACCUAAAGUCCAUGCGACUCAUUCUAGAUCUACUCAUGGACCCAUUCGAAGAUGUCAGAAGUGGAGCUACUGCAAUAUUGAAAUUAGCUAGUCCCCACAACUUCCGAUCCCCAAUGUCCCAGGGUCCCACAGAUUUUGACAUCUUAAUCAACUUCAUCGGCCGUGCCGAGGAUUUCUCAAGGCGGACAGGUCGGGCAGAUUUUGCGGAUGGGGUUGCACGGUCUUACCAAAUUCUUUAUGGCCUUCUGGACCCAAACAAGGGUCGCCUGAGUCUCGUCGAAGGACUCGUAAAUGGAUUAGAAACGAAAGUGGCAAUUGCCCAGAGGGAUAUAAGCGAAGCUGUUCUUAUUGCUCCAAUUCACAGCGAUUUUUCAACAAUAAGCUAUAUCUGGGAGGAGGUUGACUUCUCACGAAAUGACUCUGAGGAUGGGGAUUCUGUUACAAUCCGAAAGGAAUGGGAAGACUUACAAAGUCGUAUCAUUGCAAGUUGUUCCAGUAUCUGGGAUUCUGUAAAAGAUAUUCUAUGCAACGAUUCACCAGAAGGCCAUAUUCCCGAAGACGUUGAUGAGGUUGAGUCCAUUGAUACCAAAGAUGUAUUAAGCUACAGCUUCAGGGCGAUUCAUGAAUCGAGUAAUCUGAUGAGAGCUGUCGUAACGAAAGCAAAAGAUCGCCGUCAUGAUGGGUCUUCAGUAAUGAGCCCUGAACUCUUCACAAAAGUAGGAAACUUGACCUUCGAGCAACUUUCUAGCCUUCGACAUCGUGGUGCCUUUUCUACCGUGUCGUUGACAUUUGCCAGAUGCUGUCAGCUUUCGCAAUGCCAUUCCUCGAGUGAUCUACUUGAGACCUGGUACAAGGGUGCCCUACAAUGCAUUUUUGAGCAAGCUUCUACAACACGAAGAUCCGCAGGAAUUCCGGCACUCGUUACUGGUAUCUUGUCUGCAAAUAGCAAAAGUCCUGCCUUCGAAAACGUAAUGACCGAGUUAGUAUCUCUGGCCAGACGUUCUGUUACGUUGUCUGAGACUGAUGAGACAAAUUUGCCCCAAGUGCAUGCAAUGAACUGUGUAAAAGAGAUAUUCAAAAGUUCUACCCUGGGUAAAAGAUCAGAUAAAUACAUUCCGAACUGUUUAAAACUUGCUGCAGACAGCUUAAUAUCCGAAAUUUGGGCCAUUCGAAAUUGCGGCUUGUUAUUGUUGAGAAGUCUUAUUGACUGUCUUUUUGGUACCAACGAAAAUAAAGCGUCUAUUGAGGCUGGCUGGGAUGGUCGUUCGACGAAACUCUCAUACGAGACGUAUCCGGAACUUCCUGAAAUCUUGCUGAAGCUCUUGAACAAAGAGACCCUGGACACCGAGGAUACCAAUACCCCAGCGAUUGGCGCCAUAGAAUCAGUCUUUCCGGCUCUGGAUAUCAUUCGUCGUGCUGGUCCACCAGUUAUACUUCGCAAUGAAAUUAAGGAACAAGUGUCUAUACAUUUGGGAAGCAAGUACUGGCAUACCAGAGAACUUGCCGCCCGUACUAUGUGUACAUUUAUGCUUCAUGACGGAUGGUUACUUGACUUGCAAAAACUGCUCCAGAUUUCAGGCCCAUCUACUAAUUAUACCCAUGGAGUUUUGAUGACGGUCAAUUUUGUGCUAGAGCGCCGCCUCGCAGUGUUUUCGACACUUCCCAACAUUCAAGAUCUUAUCAGUCUUAAAGAUAGCAUUGAGGCGUUGGGUCAUCUUGGUCAAUGCCCAGAGACUUUAGCAACUUAUAUCGAUUUCAAAAAUCACAUAUAUCAAAUCCUGCUUGAUAUUCCUCCGUCUACUUUGAACACGAAUGACAGGGAGAACCUCAUCGGUAAUUACGACACAUACAACAUGUUAUUGGAUGAUAUUGGCCGUGGCUAUUUGAAAGUCAAUACUGAUGUAUCUUACGAGAAAGCUCGCGUGGGUGGCGCUUUGCUACAUCAAGCAACUGCACGGGAAGCCGUAUAUAUUUCUGGAUUGACCAUGGAUGUUCAAGCGCUCAAAAAAGCUUUGAAUGAUUAUUGCGAGAUAGAUGUCGACACGGCUGCCACAUCUUUGGAAUGCGUGCUACAGGCCUGGAGGAAUCAUAGUGGUAUGGUGUUGGAGGCGCUCUUAGAUGCAGUAAUUGUGAGCCCAGCAGACCUUCAAAAUAGUGGAUCCAGCACCUACGACCAGUACGUUAAGAUGCUCGAUAGUAUUAAGCAGUGUGAUUUGGAUCUAUACCUACUGGAUAUUGGAGAAAUCGCUCAUUACAUGGGCUCUGAAUGUGGCAAGCCUGGACCACGUCUAGCUCAAGCGCUGAUGAGAACAAGCGGUACAUUCAUGCUUUUCAACUGGCUCAAAUCUAAGGGAAACGACAGCGCUCAGAUUAACUUCAUGGCAAGAGCAGAACAGUUGAGUGAAGCUGGAAAAUCGUACAAUGAUUUCGACACUCGUUUUGCUGCUGCAAAGGGACUUUCUUACCUUUUUGCCUGCCUACCUGAUGAGUUUAAAUGGAAUUUCGAAAUACUUCCAUGUCUCAUCACACUCUACGAUACCCUCAAUGAUGAUGACGAUGAAGUUCGUGAACUUGGUGCACUGAUCGUCUCUUCCAUAGUAGGCAAGCCUCUGAUCCCAUUGGCUGCGUGUGAAGAAUUUGCAGAAUGGCUGAGGCUUAAAUACCCACAAGAUCAGAUGUUCGGCUGGAAUAUCAUUUGCCGGAUCACAGGCAGUGAUGAGUUCAUAUUUCAUGGAGCCUAUGCAGGAUUGUGUUCGCCGGAAGAUCAGCUUUCAGCGGCAAUGAAACAAAAUGAUGCUUUGUUUGUUGAGGAAGAACAAAAUCUCUUCGUUGAUGAAGUUAGAGAAGCUCAAAUAUGGAGUAAUCUUCUUUCAAGGCAUUUCAAAAUGAUGGAAAACGAUGGAACUGGGGAGGAGCAUUGGCAACAAUACAGUCACCUCGCCAAAUGGAUUUUAGUUGCACUUCGAAAAUUGAACAUGCUUAUGAAGAAAGAUGAUGGGCCUCUUGGGUGGACAACAAAGCCAAGUAUGUUCGCCUCUUGCAUAAGGAUUCUUUUGGGUACAAAUGCUCUCCUCGAGCUUCAAACUUCACUCUCAGAAAGCAAAUCACGAAUUCUCUGCCAGAAUGAGAUUAGGGAAGCAUUGAGCAUUUUCACAGAUCUUGCCGAAAAGAAUGACCUCCACCCAAGUAUUUCAUCCAAGGUCAUUGAGGAUCAAACUUCACUCCUCAACAGAAAGUGA